GCUAAAGAAAUGUCCCCUCCCGUCUCACUCACCCUUUUUCCCAAUACUCUCAAUGUCCGAAUUCCCGAUGAACGCGAGGCCCAGAUCAAACGACUGGAGCCUUUUGAGGUGAUCUCAACUAUGCGCGAACGCAGUGCUUUCAAGGCAGACGUACUCGGAUCCUUGCCCAAUUUGCGGCUUCUUCUUACAACCGGUGUCCGUAAUUUGUCGAUCGAUCAUGAAUUUGCCUCAACAAAGGGAAUUGUGGUUGCGGGUACAAGUCGGGGCACCGAAAGCAUUGGGCCCGAUUCGACCACACAGCAGAAUUGGGCAUUGAUUCUCGGGCUGGCGCGCCAUAUUGCCCGUGACGACAUUGCACUAAAAAGCGAAAAGUCGUACUGGCAAGGAAACAGUCUUGCGAUCGAACUGCCAGGGAAAAUACUAGGUUUGGUAGGAUUGGGGCGACUCGGCAAGGCGACCGCCAAAAUUGCUGUGCUGGCAUUCGGGAUGAAGGUUAUUGCAUGGAGCUCCAGUCUGUCGCAGGAAAAGGCAGAUGAAGCCGCUGCGGAGAUCGGAUUGCCUGCAGGGAGCAUUACGGUGGCAGUAUCCAAGCUCGAUUUGCUGCGUCAAGCUGAUAUUGUGUCACUACACUACGUCUUGUCGGACCGAAGUCGUGGCAUGAUCGGCAGAGAGGAGUUGGCCGCGAUGAAGCCGACAGCACUACUUGUCAAUACAUCCAGGGGGCCAUUGAUUGACCAGGAUGCCCUGUUAGAAACCCUCAAGGCCGGCCGUAUUCGCGGCGCGGCUAUUGAUGUAUUCGAUGUCGAGCCACUCCCUGCCGACAGUGAAUGGCGAACGACCGAGUGGGGAAAGAAUGGGCGUAGCGAUGUGCUUCUCUCGCCGCAUAUGGGGUAUGGGUCGGAAGAGUAUAUCGGCCGUAUGUACGACGAGGUGGUGAAGAACGUAGAGCGCUAUUUGGCGGGUGAAGAACUCCUGGUACGCUAUAAUUGAUUUUGGCUGUAUAUACACAUCAUGAUGCAUCGAUAGUUCCAUCAAUAGUUGCAUACAAUGCAGCCUCUCCCUAAAAAA